UCCGCGUAACCGGCGUGUUUACGCCGAAAACCGCGCUGUCGCCCCCUGGUCCUGGGGGGGGGGUGGGGGGGCGGGGAGCGAGGAUUCGGCUGCCUCGUCGUCCGUCCGUGUGCUGGUCACUCCAGCUUCUGUGCCUCAGUUUCUCCAUCUGUACAAGGAGAUAUACCAGCGGCCUCUUCUCGCAGUGCCUGGGACGAGGUGGGGGGUGUCAGGGACCCUGCGCUCAGAGGUGCCCCGCAAAAGGACGCGCGCAUUCUGUGUUGUCCCAAGCGUCUCAUUCUGUUUCGUUGCCGCUGUGCUGUUACGAUUUCCGCCCGGUACCUGCCCGGAGGCCACGUGGGUCUCCACAGACGUGGGACUUCCCUUCUUUGAAGGGGCCUUAAGCACCCAGAGCGGGUAUUAACUUGCCAGGUGGGUGCCGCGGUGGCACCCCCCCCCCCCGGGGUGUGGCCGCUGCUGGGGGCCGCGGGGCCCCGCCCCAGCCUGAGUCACCUCCGCUCGGAGCCCUCCCCCCUUGGUUUCCUGCUUCGGGAAGUAGGUUCCUCUCUUGCUUGUUCCUGGGGGAGGGGGACCCGUGCCAGAGAAGGUACCCUGGAGCCCAACAGAGCAGGUGGCAAGAGGCCCUCUUUCAGAACCCGCGGGGAACAGAACUGGGGGAGACAAAGGAGGCUGUUCUCCCCAGACCCAAGCUGACUUAGCAGCUGUUUCUACCUGGGGCCUGUCCACCCUCACUGGACAGGCACCUCGAGGACACGGACAUUUCCUGAGGCCUGUCAGGUCCAGGAAGCCUAAGGCACCCCGUCUGCGUUGCCGGUUUCCCCAUCCGUAAAGCGGUCUCUGUGGGCAGGUGCCGGGGCCACAGCAGGGACGGGGCCGACCCCAUCCUGUCUGCAAGCGUGUAGUUCGGGAAAGGGGGGUUAAAUAGUAAAUAGAUGAGUAAACCAGCUGGUUCUGGGCAGCAACAGGUGAGGCAGGGUAAUGGGGCUGAUCGGGCUGUCCAGGAGCACAGCGGUUUCUCCCAGGAGGCGGCAUUUGAGCCGACGGCAGACUGUGCCAAGAAAGGGUACUUCCGGCAGAAGGCUCGGCAAAGGCCCUGAGGCCCCUUCCGGGCUGCCUGCCCGCUCUAGCUGGCUCCCAGGUGAAGAGGCUGUCAGCAUCCAAGCGGAAGCAACACUUCAUCAACCAGGCUGUGCGGAACUCAGACCUCGUGCCCAAGGCCAAGGGGCGGAAGAGCCUUCAGCGUCUAGAGAACAGUCUGGAAUGACUUCAUGAACCGCUCUGGGGAGGAGCAGGAACGGGUUCUCCGCUACCUGGAGGAUGAGGGCAAGAGCAAGGCACGGAGGAGGGGGCCCGGCCGCGGGGAGGAUCGAAGGAGAGAGGACCCAGCCUACACACCCCGUGAGUGCUUCCAGCGCAUCAGCCGGCGUCUGAGAACUGUCCUCAAGCGGAGCCGCAUCCCCAUGGAAACUCUGGAGACCUGGGAGGAGAGGCUGCUGAGGUUUUUCUCUGUGUCUCCCCAGGCCGUGUACACGGCCAUGCUGGACAACAGUUUCGAGAGACUCCUGCUUCACGCCAUCUGUCAGUACAUGGACCUCAUCUCAGCCACCCCCCUCCACCGUGCCACCCAGGUGACUUCGGCGAGUCCCCCUCCUGGGGCCUGUGUCUCCGCUUUUACCACGGGGGUGUUCUCAGGACACAGCGCCCCAGGGAGAGUCCUCACUGCCUCUGGGUGCGCCGCCUCCUUGCUCCUCUGCUCCGCCUCCUGCCCGGAGUUGCUGAGGUGCCGACCUGGAGGGCAAGAGGCAGAUGAAAGUCAGCAACCGCCACCUGGACUUCCUGCCACCAGGGCUGCUCCUGUCCGCGUAUCUGGAGCAGCGCAGCUGAUGGCCGCCCCCCCUCCCCCGCCCCCAGCCUCCCCUCCCCCAGGCCUCCCGUGCCAUUCGCUAAAGUAUCUUUAUUAUUUGGUGGAUUUUUCCCUGCAGACGUGCUCUACCCCGGGGGGGGGGGGGGUCUAUCACUCUGACUCCUUCCCAGCCCGCCUCUCCCAGAUAAACGCGGGGCCCUGGCCCCCCACACCGGACUGUCCCGGCCUUGCAGCUCCCCGCUCCGGGACUUGAGUUUGAGCGAGGAGAUCCGGCCUGGUCACUUCCGUGUUCCUUCUUCGUUCAGCUUUUUCGGCCCCGUCUGAAACUUAAGCAAGGAGCGACAGGCUGGGUUUUUAUCACUUUUAAUGAAUUUGGCAUGAUUUGUUGUAGAUUUUUAAAUUUCCCUUUUGGGAAGAAAAACCAAAAACUUGCCCCAACUGAUAAAUCGGGGGACUUUGUUCCAGUCCCUGUUUGAUCCUCCCCCAUCCCCCAGCUUUUGGCUUGGAUGUGGGGGAGGGGGGGCCUGGGGCUCCGCCCCUUUUUCCAGGUGUGUUCUGUCGUGUGCGCCUGCGCGUGUGCCCCACGCCCUAGGACAGGGGCUGCAUCUUAAAGGCUGGUCUUGCCGCCCUUUUGGAACAUGUUUGUCCUCCACGGGUGGCUUUUGGUUGCUCUUGGGGCCCCAUCCAGCCAGAAGCCUCUGCCCUAGGACUGCCCCAUUCCCUUGUCCGUGUCCCUUUGCCCUUCCCCUAGCCUAGCUCUGGCCUGUUACCUUGGGCUGACCUCUCACUGGCCACCCUGGCAUGUCCCACAAGAGCAGGGCUGGGGGACCCCUCCCGUGUGUGUGUGUGUGUGUGUGUGUGUGUGUGUGUGUGUCCAGUUGUGCUUUGGGAAAAGUGGAGAGUUCAAUAAAUUUCUGGUGCUCUGGUC